CUGCUGCAUGUUCUGUCCUUCAUCCUCAUCGAGCCUGUCUCUCUAUUCACUUCCUACUCCACUUCCCAUGGAGCCACGUUUCAACUGUCUCUCCUCCUCCUCCUCCUCCUCCUCCUCUCCAGAUCAUCCCUCCUCUCCUGGACCUGAACCAGAACCGCAGUAAGCUGAAGAUGUAUAUUGGUCACCUGAGAGACCUGUGUCAGGAGAGAGACCCCCAGAUCCUGCAGGACCUGACACCUCCCUCCUCCUACCACAACUCUCAACACACCGCCUGGGAGACACAGCUUCACAACAUGACCCCAGAGCAGUUGGAGUCGGAGCUGGCGGUGUGUGAGAGGGAGAGUGCAGAGCUCCAGGAGCAUGCUAACUGUGUCCUGCAGCAGAUCGCUGACCACUGCCCCGACAUCCUGGAGCAGGUGGUCAACGCCCUGGAAGAGUCCUGCUGACCUGUCAAUGUCCCCGCCAGCCACACUCUCACAAGGCGUCGAGAGAGAGAGAGAGAUGCCUUUAUAUUCGCGGUCCUUCAUUUCCUGCCUUACCAGUGCUCCCAAUAUCUCUUUGGGGAUUUGUUACUGAUUUAUUAACAAUGAUUUGUCAGAUUGGUGCAACAAUCCUCUAAAUCUAAAAAUGUUUGUGGUGAGAAGGCCUUCUUGAACCGUUCAUGACGUUGAACCCCGUCUUUUUCUGAGACCUGACCACAAAACCUGUCCGUUACUAAGGUGUGGUCAACCAUGUUAUAUUAGUGUUACUCACAUACAGUUACUGCUUAGUUACUACACAGUUACUGCUUAGUUACUGCUUAGUUACUGCUUAGUUACCACACAGUUACUGCUUAGUUACCACACAGUUACUGCUUAGUUACCACACAGUUACUGCUUAGUUACCACACAGUUACUGCUUAGUUACUACACAGUUACUGCUUAGUUACUACACAGUUACUGCUUAGUUACUACACAGUUACUGCUUAGUUACUACACAGUUACUGCUUAGUUACCACACAGUUAAUGCUUAGUUACCACACAGUUACUGCUUAGUUACCAUACAGUUACUGCUUAGUUACUACACAGUUACUGCUUAGUUACUACACAGUUACUGCUUAGUUACUACACAGUUACUGCUUAGUUACUACACAGUUACUGCUUAGUUACUACACAGUUACUGCUUAGUUACUACACAGUUACUGCUUAGUUACUACACAUUUACUGCUUAGUUACUACACAGUUACUGCUUAGUUACUACACAGUUACUACUUAGUUACCACACAGUUACUGCUUAGUUACUACACAUUUACUGCUUAGUUACUACACAGUUACUGCUUAGUUACUACACAGUUACUACUUAGUUACCACACAGUUACUGCUUAGUUACUACACAGUUACUGCUUAGUUACUAAACAGUUACUGCUUAGUUACUACACAGUUACUGCUUAGUUACCACAACAUUAAUGCUUAGUUACUACACAGUUACUGCUUAGUUACUACACAGUUACUGCUUAGUUACUACACAGUUACUGCUUAGUUACUACACAGUUACUGCUGAGUUAGUUCCUGUCCUAAUUGUGACUGUCCUAAUGGGAUGGGGAUAUCAUUAUGGCCAAUAUGAAGAGAAGCUAGAGACUCUGAAUCAUGGUCAUGUACCCACUACUCAGACCAUUCUAGAAUCCCUCCUACAGCUUUCUGUCCUGUCGUCCUGCAUUCCACAUGGAACCCUAUUCCCUUUAUAGAACCCUAUUCCCUUUAUAGAACCCUAUUCCCUUUAUAGAACCCUAUUCCCUUUAUAGAACCCUAUUCCCUUUAUAGAACCCUAUUCCCUUUAUAGAACCCUAUUCCCUUUAUAGAACCCUAUUCCCUUUAUAGAACCCUAUUUCCUUUAUAGAACCCUAUUCCCUUUAUAGAACCCUAUUUCCUUUAUAGAACCCUAUUCCCUUUAUAGAACCCUAUUCCCUUUAUAGAACCCUAUUUCCUUUAUAGAACCCUAUUCCCUUUAUGGAACACUAUUCCCUUUAUAGAACCCUAUUCCCUUUAUAGAACCCUAUUCCCUUUAUAGAACCCUAUUUCCUUUAUAGAACCCUAUUCCCUUUAUAGAACCCUAUUCCCUUUAUAGAACCCUAUUCCCUUUAUAGAACCCUAUUCCCUUUAUAGAACCCUAUUCCCUUCAUGGAACACUACAUUUCAUCACGGCCCAUAUCAAUCAAUCAAUCAAAUGUAUUUAUAAAGCCCUUUUUACAUCAGCCGAUGUCACAAAGUGCUGUACAGAAACCCAGCCUGAAACACCAAACAGCCAGCAAUGCAGGUGUAGAAGCACGGUGGCUAGGAAAAACUCCCUAGAAAGGCAGGAACCUAGAGAGGAACCAGGCUCUGAGGGGAGGCCAGUCCUCUUCUGGCUGUGCCGGGUGGAGAUUAUAACAGUACACAGAACUCCUGUGAAAAGUAGUGCACUAUAUAGGGACUAGGGUGCCCUUUUGGGAUACAGCCUAGAUCUGAGAUCUGGGAAUAUGAAUUUAAAUGACCUCUGAUGCCAUUUGUUUGCUGUUACCUUUUGCUUUGGUUGUUGGAGAUAGUUGGUUGUUGUUCCUCUCUAUGAUGACCGUUCUCUGAUGGGUUUGGGGAACAGGAAACCUAGUCCUGUUUUUAAUUGCAGUUGUCACCCGUUGAAAGGUUAGAGUUGGGAGAUGAAAAACAACACUAUUAUUGAGACACUCGAGCAACAACAGUAUUAUUGAGACAUUCAAUCCACACAAAUGCUCACCACUCACCGUAACAACAGGGACAGUAUGUUUCAGCAAUGAUAUCUAUUCUGGGAGCGGCUAUUGAUGUUGAAAUACAGAUCCAAUUUAUCUAGCUUUAUCUGGGCUCUUUAAACCUCAUAAGGACUCUUUAGUGUCUCAUAGACUCUGAAAUGUAUCUCUAGACAGGACUCCCUAGACAGGGACUAGACAGGAUUCUCUAGACAGGACUCUAGACAGGAUUCUCUAGACAGGACUCUCUAGACAGGACUCUAGACAGGACUCUCUAGACAGGACUCCCUAGACAGGACUCUAGACAGAACUCUCUAGACAGGACUCUCUAGACAGGACUCUAGACAGGACUCUCUAGACAGGACUCUCUAGACAGGACUCUAGACAGGACUCUCUAGACAGGACUCUCUAGACAGGACUCUCUAGACAGGACUCUCUAGACAGGACUCUCUAGACAGGACUCCCUAGACAGGGACUCUAGACAGGAAUCUCUAGACAGGACUCUUUAGACAGAACUCCCUAGACAGGGACUCUAGACACGACUUUCUAGACAGGGACUCUCUAGACAGGAUUCCCUAUGGUGAUGUUAGAUGGUUAAACAGCAGACCCAGCUGAAAGUGUGUGUAGUUAGCUAACCCAACCUAGCAGGUGUGACGUGCUGGUUCUUUCUGUUGUGGGAGGUUCUCUUCUGCACUGUUCAACCAAUCCAGUAAAUGUGGAGGAGGAGUUAAGGUGGAGUGUCGCCUUGCUGACGUCCGAAAGCAGAAGCCGCGUUUCAUUUCCUGUGAAAACCAGGUGGUAGUUAGCUUAUGGAUCUCCCCUGAUUUAGAGCCGCGAUGAGAGCCGUAUGGAGGUCACAAACCCACAGUUUCCAGGGGAGUAUGGCCUGGAGACACAGAGGGGAUAUUUACACCUAGCAUGACUUCCUAUAGGAAGUGACAUCAUCUCAGUCAGGUCCACAGGCUGGUUCCUCCCUCUUUCCUUCUGAUCUGUAUUUACUUCUGUCUUUCUUUCAAUCAGCAGGGACAUGAAAGACAGCAGGGAGGUGAGGUCACUCAGACAGUGUGUUCUAGUGAUGACUCGGUGGUGAGCAGAUCACUGUUUUAUGUGGCUCAAUUAUAACCAUCCUCCCUCUCUCCUCUCCCAUCCCCUCUCUCUCUAUCCCUCUCUCCCCUCUAUCUCUCCCAUCCCCCCUCUCUCUAUCCCUCUCUCCCCUCUAUCUCUCCCAUCCCCCUCUCUCUAUCCCUCUAUCCCCUCUAUCUCUCCCAUCCCCUCUCUCUCUAUCCCUCUCUCCCCUCUAUCUCUCCCAUCCCCUCUCUCUCUAUCCCUCUCUACCCUCUAUCUCUCCCAUCCCCCCUCUCUCUAUCCCUCUCUCCCCUCUAUCUCUCCCAUCCCCUCUCUCUCUAUCUCUCCCAUCCCCU